GUUACGAAGUGAUAGCGUCCAGUUGAGCAUGUGGUGAUCCUUCAUCUGCGUCAGACCUGUGUAAACAGAUGACACUACCACAAGCACUGGGCUAGACUAUUUAAGGAGCAGCAUUUCAAACUGUUAGAACUUAUCUAACCUGAGCACUACUCUCUCUCUGAUUUGAACUAGGAAAAAGUAUCUUACUUAAAGGUAGGAGAUGAUGGCUAUGUACAGUGGUAUCUGCAUCUACAUGUUCCUUGCUAUGCUGUCAACGAGCUCUUUUGGACAGCAGGCUACAGGCUCGCACAAUGAGAAUCCUGUGGCCACUGAGCUUGAGCAGAGCUUGACAGAACAUCACCGACAUGUUCGUGUCCCUUCAUCUGCUGGCCAGCUGAAACCUAUCCAGCGGCUGGAUGGAAAUGUUGACCAAAAAGCCAACAUUGGAGCUUUGCUGGCCAAAUAUCUCCAGCAAGCCAGAAAAGGUCCUACUGGAAGGAUCUCAAUGAUGGGAAACAGGGUACAGAACAUUGACCCUACACACAGGAUAAACGACAGAGAUUACAUGGGCUGGAUGGAUUUUGGACGCCGCAGUGCUGAAGAAUAUGAGUACUCCUCUUAAAGAACAUCAAACUAUCUCAAAAAGAAGAAUCCAACUCCCAUUUCUGUACAAAGGAAAAAUAAUAAUUUUUGUCCUCUACGAAUCAGUGUUUAAAAAAUAUAUUAUGUCCUUGAUGUAAAUUCGUCUGUAAAACUAUACAAUGCAAUAUAUACAUAUGCAGAAUUUUCCAAAAAAAUGUUCUUUCUCCUAUGGUUUCUUAUCAUACUCUGUUGAUAUUAUAUUAAAAUUAUUUCAUUUA